GCUGGGGCUUUUGAUUUCCCGGAAGUGACGUCCCUGGCCCGAGAUGGCUGCGGCUGCUGGCGUGGCUCCGAGGACGCCAGGCGCGGACGGCAGCAGCUCGUGCUUGUCUAUGGAGCGGAUCCGGGCGCUCACCGACCUGCGGGAGCUGGAGACCGCCUACGGCCGCCUGUGCGCAGAGGAGAAAGUGGUGGAGGAAGAGCUGGAGGCCCUCUUGGAACAACAGGGUACCAUAGAGAACAAGAUGGUUGCUCUUCAUCGCAUGGGCCCCAACCUGCAACUGAUUGAGGGGGAUGCCAGGCAGUUGGCUGGAAUGAUCACUUUCACCUGGAAUCUGGCUGAGAAUGUCAGCAGCAAAGUCCGACAGCUUGAUCUUGCCAAGAACCGCCUCUAUCAGGCCAUCCAGAGAGCUGAUGACAUCUUGGACCUGAAGUUCUGCAUGGAUGGGGUUCAGACAGCUCUGCGAAAUGAAGAUUAUGAGCAAGCAGCAGCUCAUAUUCACCGCUACUUGUCUCUGGACAAGUCGGUCAUUGAGCUCAGUCGACAAGGCAAGGAGGGCAGCAUAAUUGAUGCCAACCUGAAGCUCCUGCAGGAGGCAGAGCAGCGUUUGAAGACUAUUGUAACUGAGAAAUUUGACCUAGCUAUGAAGCAGGGAGAUCUGCCACAGGUGGAGCGUUUCUUCAAGAUCUUCCCUCUGCUGGGCUUACAUGAAGAGGGGUUGAGCAAGUUCUCUGAGUACCUUUGCAAACAGGUUGCCAACAAAGCAGAGGAGAACCUGUUAUUGGUGAUGGGAACAGACAUGAGUGACCGUCGGGCUGCAGUUAUCUUUGCAGACACACUGACACUUCUCUUCGAAGGAAUAGCUCGCAUUGUGGAGACCCACCAGCCCAUCGUAGAGACCUAUUAUGGGUUGGGGAGACUGUACACCCUGAUCAAACACCUACAAGUGGAAUGUGACCGGCAAGUGGAGAAGGUGGUGGACAAGUUCAUCAAGCAGAGGGACUAUCACCGGCAGUUCCAGCAGGUUCAGAACAGCAUGAUGAGAAGUUCUGUUACAGAAAAAAUUGAACCAAGGGAACUUGACCCCAUUUUAACUGAAGUCACCUUGAUGAAUGCCCGCAGCGAGCUGUACCUCAGAUUCAUCAAGAGACGAAUCAUCUCUGACUUUGAGGUGGGAGACUCCAUGGCCUCGGAGGAGGUAAAGCAAGAACAUCAGAAGUACUUGGACAAGCUCCUCAAUAACUGCCUGCUGAGUCGCACUAUGCAAGAACUGAUUGGCUAUUACAUCACCAUGGAAGAGUACUUCAUGAGAGAGACGGUCAAUAAGGCUGUUGCCAUGGACACGUAUGAAAAAGGUCAGCUGAUCUCCAGCAUGGUGGAUGAUGUCUUUUACAUAGUGAAGAAGUGCAUUGGGCGUGCCCUAUCCAGCUCCAGCAUAGACUGCCUUUGUGCCAUGAUCAACCAUUCCACCACAGAGUUGGAGUCCAAUUUCAGGGAGGUUCUAUACAACAAGCUGAAGCUGGGUUUCCCAGCCACCACCUUCCAGGACUUCCAGCGAGGUGUGACCAGUGCAGUGAACAUCAUGCACAGCAGCUUGCAACAGGGCAAAUUUGACACCAAAGGCAUUGAAAGCACCGAUGAGGCCAAGCAAUCCUUUCUGGUGACCCUGAACAAUGUAGAAGUCUGCAGUGAAAACAUCAUGACCCUAAAGAAGACUUUGGAGAGUGAUUGCUCCAAGCUGCUUAGUCAAGGCUUUGGGGGUGAGCAAGCCCAGGCCAAGAUUGACAGCUGCCUCUCUGACAUGGCUGCAGUAUCCAACAAGUUCAGAGACCUCCUGCAGGAAGGUCUGAAUGAGUUGAACAGUUCAGCCAUCAAACCCCAGGUGAAGCCCUGGAUCAACCUGUUCCUUUCAGUCUCCCAUAACAUUGAGGAGGAGGAGUUCAACGACUAUGAAGCUAACGACCCUUGGGUCCAGCAGUUCAUCGUCAACCUUGAACAGCAAAUGGCAGAGUUCAAGGCUGGUCUAUCACCUGUGAUCUAUGACAGCCUCACUAGCCUGAUGACCAGUCUUGUGGCCAUUGAACUGGAGAAAGUGGUUCUCAAAUCCACCUUUAGCAGGCUUGGUGGCCUGCAGUUUGACAAGGAGCUGAGAUCUCUUAUAGCAUAUCUCACCACAGUGACCACCUGGACUAUCCGAGACAAGUUUGCUCGUCUUUCCCAAAUGGCAACUAUCCUCAAUCUGGAAAGGGUAACGGAAAUCCUGGAUUACUGGGGUCCAAACUCAGGCCCCCUGACGUGGCGCCUCACUCCAGCAGAGGUCCGACAAGUGCUAGCCCUCCGAAUCGACUUCCGUAGCGAGGACAUUAAAAGGCUGCGCUUAUAGUGAUUCUCUCGGACAUGCAGCGUGGCCUGCACACUAGCAGCCUCUGGUCAUGCUACCCUGCCUAUUCACAAGCCAAAGGAGAUGCCAGCUGUGUCACAUGCUGGCCUUGGGUGUCUGUUUUCAUGUUCCAUUUUGCAGAUACGAAAGGACUUUCCUGGGGAUGGGAAGAACUGGAUGCUGAAGAGCCAUGUGGUUACCUUUUGUCCACUGUGGCUGCAGUGAAAUCUCAAGAACAGAAGAA